AUGCAGUUAGAUACUGGAGGUGAUAUUACCAUUGUGGAUGAAGAAACUUGGAAGUAUAUCGGUGAGCCAAAAUUAAGAGAAUCUAGGACUGUAGCACACGGUGUUACGGAUAAAAUAUUGGUUUUUGUAGGUGAAUCUGUGUGUAAUAUAACAUUUCGUGACCAAAUGAAAAGGGAAAAGGUAUGUGUGUUAAAAAAUUCAAUAAAUUUAUUCGGCACAGAGUGGAUGGAGCUGUUCAAAAUGUGGAAUACGCCCAUAAGUGUUUUGUGUGGUAAUAUAGUCGGUUCAGUCGAAGGUUCGACUGUGGUUGAGGGAUUGAAACGAAAAAUAAAGCAUUUAUUCCCAGAUGUUUUCUCGGAUGAAUUGGGCUGCUGCACGAAAACGAGGGCAAAAGUUGUAGAAAAACAAAGUGCAACACUUGUAUUUAAGUCAAAACGUAAUGCACCGUUCGCGGCGCUAGAACAGGUAAAUAAGGAACUUGAAAGCCUAGAAAUAAUCGAGAAGACGGACCACUCAGAUUGGGCAGCAUCUACAGUCUACGUAAUAAAGAAAAAUAAGUUACGAGUUGAUUUUUCAACGGGUUUAAAUGAUUGCUUAAGUUCACAUAGUUACCCAUUUCCGAGUCCAGAGGAAGUGUUCGCAAAAUUGAAUGGAGGGAAAUUCCUCUCAAAAUUAGACCUCUCGGCGGUAUACUUACACACCUAA